UCUUAUAGAGCAAAAAAUAAGGUGGUUCAUCUUCUUUUUAUCUGGCGCUGAGCCCACAGAGUAGAUGAACUGGAAACCUUGAAGUAUGGCAAGUGAUACUGAUGUGUGCUUUCUCUGCCCUUUAGGCAAUGGGCUCCUAGGCACCCUCUGCCUCUGUGCCAUGAAAGGAAGGAGAUGGAAGCCCACUUUGCUGCGUCUGAGGCAGGGGGCAGAAGUGGGCACCCAGGAAGCACAGGUGGAAGGCUCCAGCCGCUGCCGGCUCACCUCCACGCCCGACAGCGAAGGUGAGGUUGGUCUCCUGAAAAGGGAACUGGAGAAGCUGGGGGACUUGAGCUACGCGACAGGUGACUCUCACCUGGCGAGAGAUUCUCCAAUGAAGGGCGAGAGCAUCUUUCUGGAGGAAGGCACAAUUCAUCCUGCAACGGGCUGGAAGCCUCAGAGAAGCUAUUCCCCUCACCCUAUGAGCCUUCGGCGCCAAAGUCUGACUCGCUCCAGCAGGCAUGAGGCCGCUUUGGAGAAAUUCCCCCACCACCGCCUGGACUCAGCCUUCAACUUUCCCAUCUCAAGGACCAGUUCCCCAAACGAGUCCAUGGCCAGCGAUGUGUCCAACUCCUCCCUGACUCCACGCCCACCCUGCCAAGGAGUCACCAGGACCGGACAUCAGUGCAGGAAGAAGGCUGUACCAGGCCACGUCUUCUGCCACGUCCAUGCUUCUGGUCAGUCCUCCUACACCAGCCAAUCGGGUGCCUGCUUUUAAGGUUCCCAACGGAUGGAUGCUGAGACUCAGCAGAGAUGCUGCUUGUGGGCUCGCGGCUCAGGUACCACCAUUCCUGGUGCUCAAUUUUUGACGAGGGAGGGCCUUCUUUCUAAAAUUACACUUGUUUGCGCUUCUGAAGCUGAACGAACGACAAUCUGAUGUCCCUCUGGAUCCGACUCAACUUGCCCAAGAGAAAACUGGCAUCUGAAGCCCUGCAGAUUAAGAGCACAAACUCCUUCUGUUCUGACUCGUCGGCCUGUGUUGGAGCGUGGCUGGAAGGCAAAGCAUUUUAAGGCCAUAGCCACCACCAACUCUUUUCAAAAAUGCAGAUCUAAUUGUGCGUGUUGUCCAUCUCUUAGUUCCCACGAUGGUCGUGCUGAACCCCUAAGAACAAUUUUGUCUACUGCCUCGAUCGCAGGUGCUUCUGCAAGGACUUUGAGUGCAAAGGUUUCGCAGACAAUCCAUGUUUCUGCACCAAUUUAUUUUAUGUGAAAGUUGCCAGGUUUACGUUUAAUAAAUGUUUUGACCAAUA